AGACACCUUCCGUCUCAUGUGAGGCAGCGAGGAGCUUCAUGUCUGGAUGGAGGAGACUCUGACGCACACACACCGCGGCCAUGGAGAGCAGCUCGUCCGACACCUGCUUCUACAACCACAACGUCACCUUCUUCUACAACCUGGUGGGUAAGAAGAUCAGCGUGGCGUGGACGACCCGGGACUACGUGGUCAUCGGCCUGGGCCUGACGGUGUGCUUCAUCGUGGUGCUGGCCAACCUCAUGGUGAUGGUGGCCAUCUUCAUGAACCGCCGCUUCCACUUCCCCAUCUACUACCUCCUGGGCAACAUGGCGGCGGCGGACCUGUUUGCCGGCGUCGCCUACGCCAACCUGAUGCUGAACACGGGCCCCUGGACCAGCACGCUCACCAAGGAGCAGUGGUACAUCCGCGGCGCCCUGAUCGACAUCAGCCUCACGGCCUCCGUGGCCAACCUGCUGGCCGUGGCCGUGGAGCGCCACCAGACCAUCCUCACCAUGCAGCUGCACAGCAAGAUGAGCAAGCGGCGGGUGGUGCUGCUGACCGUCUGCAUCUGGGCCGUGGGCAUCGCCAUGGGCCUGGUGCCCUCCACGCUGUGGAACUGCGAGUGCCGCCUGGACGACUGCUCCACCGUGGCGCCGCUCUACAGCCGCCGCUUCCUGGUCUUCUGGGCGGCUCUGAACCUGCUCACGUUCUCCAUCAUGGUGGCCAUGUACACCCGCAUCUUCGUCUACGUGCGAUACCAGAGCCUGUACGUGUCUCAGCACAGCUCGGAGCACGGCCAGACCGUUUUCAACCUGAUGAAAACCAUCUCCAUGGUUCUGGGCGCCUUCGUGAUCUGCUGGACCCCCGGCCUCGUGACCCUGCUCCUGGACGGGCUCCUGGGUAAAGACAGCCACGCCAACGACUACGAGAAGUUCUGUCUGGUGAUCGCCGAGUGCAACUCUCUGGUGAACCCGGUCAUCUACUCGCUCCGGGACCAGGAGAUGCGCCGGACGUUCAGGAGGAUCCUGUGCUGCCUGUGCUGGAGAGGAGGAGGCGGCCAGCGGAGGGAUCCUCUUCCUGUGGAGAUCGACUCUCCACUUCCAGAGGAACCUCUCACCUGUGUCCAGAAAUCCGAUGACCCGACUUUGUGUUUGGACCGAGACGCCAACAAUAAAGAAGACAGUUGGACGAUGGGGGGGGUAUGAUGGCUGUACGCCUGCAUUUAAGAAACAACCUGAUUUUACUGUCGCCUCACCGGGACACAGUGUGUAAAAAUGUUGAUCCUGACAAACUACCUCGAGUGUGUUUGCAUGUGUAAAUGGACUUAACUAUCUGUAUAUAAAGAUCAUUUAAAAGGA